AUGGGGCUAGUUUCUCUUCAGAGUGAGGAGAUUUACAUAGGCGUCGAUACGGCAGGCACAUACGAUCCAGGAUCUUAUGGUCGCAAGUCAGUCAGGCUGCAAAGCUGGGACGCCUUCAACCACGGCCUCUUCGUGGCAAAUUUCACUCACCUCCCCGCACCGACCUGCGGCGCAUGGCCCGCCUUUUGGACCUUUGGCUGGCCAUGGCCGGACCUGGGCGAGUUCGACAUCAUGGAGAACUGGAACUCGCGCGGCUUCAACCGCAACACCGCCAUGAUAAACGGCAGCCAGGCCACCUGCGAGAUCAAGGCGCCCGACAUGUCAAGCGAGAUCGAGUCGUACAACUGCGACGCCCAUGCGCCGGGGCAGUACUGGUACCAGGGCUGCUCGAGCAACAACUUCAACGACACGGCCUUUGGCUCGCCGGCCGGGGGCGUCUACGUGCUCGAGUGGACGGGCGGCCAUGCCAAGAUCUGGAGCUGGUCGCAUGCCGAGGUCCCGCAGGAUCUGGUCCGAGGCCAGCCAGACCCGACAGCCUGGGGCAUGCCGUCGUAUGCCAUCGUAGGCUGCGACAUGGACAGCGGGUGGCGAGACCAGAGGAUCGUGCUGAACAUCGGCUUCUGCGGCGUGGCUGGCCAGGACGGGACGCAGCCCUACACCAAGAACCACUGGGGCCAGUGUGCGGAAUCGACGGGAUACGGCUCGUGCACGUCCUAUGUCGCGGGGAGUCCAGAGGACUUUGUCAACUCGCACUUCUUGGUCAAGGACAUUGUUGUGUAUCGAGACGCCUCGGCCGAUGCGGAAGUGGUGUCAGAGAAUCACUACGGUGGCUCCGCCGCGCCUUCAGCCCCGGGAAGUCCCGUUACGCAAACGACACCACUGCCAGUGCCGGGGAAGAAUAGCUCUGCUGAUAACAACUCGCGUACUGGUUGGGCAGCUAUUCUCACACUAUGUAUCUCUGGCUUUAUUACCAUGGCAUUUUAG